AUGUGUAACCCCUCGACCCUUUUGGCCGCUUUAUACAUACUUUUAAAUGUUCAGCCCGGACAGGCAGGGCCCUUGAACUGGGCCCCCAGAAUAGAGCGCCGUAACGAAUCGGUCUCGUCAUUUCCUGAGCCCUCGACUCGCCAGAAGUUGUAUUCAAACCCGUUGGUGGUCCCCGCUGACUCGACGACCGUCCAUCACCGUCAGAUCCAGACUCUCACGGAGCCCAGCGCUUUCCCAUCCUCGGUACCAGACUUGUACAGAACGACCGAGGAGAAGCCGACUACGUUGAACGACCCUUCAACCGAAGGCUCGAGAUCUUCAGCUCUUGCAACGACGGGUGCGACGUCCUCCAGUGCCAAGCCGGCGACCGAUGCGCCCACUCUGUCGAGUAUGGCCACGAGUAUGGAAUCAAGCACCAGGCAAUACACUUCUGCUGCAGCGGGUCGCUCCUCUGCAUUCUCGUCGAGUCCAUCUUUAUUCACAACCGAGAAAUUGGAGACGACUACGCAGUUGAGCGACCUGCUUCCUACUCCAAGUUCCACAGUGGACAACUCUCACAUCACCUCGUCUUCGCACCACUUCUUCAGCACGACGACACGGUUAAGCGAUAUCGUCUCUACUAGGUCUACCACGGUUGAUAUUAUUCUCACGACUGGAUCGUCGAGCACGUCACUCACCGACUCGACGACGACCGCUGCCACAAAGACUGCUGCCACAACGGCUUUUGGUGCCUCAGAAACCUCGUAUCGAUCUUCAUUUAGCACCGCCAACGGAGUCCCAGGAGCGAGUUCGGUAGGAGGCCACGGUUCCAUCACGACCCCUCAAACCGCACCAUCGCCCAGCACCGUCGGCUACGAGCCAACUAGUUCUGGCCUUUUGCAACCUUCCGAACUGGCUCCGUCGAGCACUGGGGUUGGAGCUGGUGGAACAACGUCCUCAGACUUGAUGUCCGUGUCUCCUACUACCCUUCACGUGUUUCCAAUACCCAGCGAGACUAGUUAUCCGUCUCUCAUUACACUCUCGUUUUCGGAGUCCAUAUCUACACAAUCAAAGUCCACAUCUGCUGUGCCUAGCACCCUUAUCACCACCGAGCCAACCCGCGUUCCGAACCCGGCCGUUCCAACCGAAAUCACCGCUUACCCUACCGCCACGACAAAAGUGUCCACCAAUGAGUAUUGGAGGAACAUCGAUCAAGCCAAGAGCCUCAAUAAAUUGUAUGCCUUACUGACAUCUGAAUCAGCCUGCUCGGGUGGGCAAAUUGCCUGCAUCAAAGGGCAAAUUGCGCGGUGCAAGGACGCCAAGUUCGAGCUCUCGGCAUGUGCCGAGGGACAAGGCUGCUUUGCAUUUCCGAUGACGAAUGUGGUAGGCACCUCGGUGGGCUGUCGGGAUCAGAAGGAGGCGCGGAUGUUGCUUGGAGAAGGAGCCGAGAGUGCAAGUCCAGGUGUUUUCGUGCCGACGGUCGUAGAUCUGUCAGAUGCAGAGAGGACAACAGCGAAAUCUGCGAGGGCCACAGCUACCGAAACACCAGGCACUCGACCUAGCGUGACGUUGAAAACUGUCAUGUUCGUCUCCGGCAAGUCCAAGUUCACCAUCACCCAGACCAUCCCGCGGUCGUCUCCCACGCCAGACCCGGACUCGCUGGUUCUUAACCCAGUCGACGAACCGGGCGACAGAUCUGGAUAUCCUGGCAUGGCGACUGGGAACGACAGCCACGGUGGGAUCAGAGACGCAGAUUUGGCGCGAACGACAAAGUUUGUGGAUGGAACGCCGACAGUGUCGGUCUACUACACCGUGACAGUCACACGAACGGAGCGUGAGACGCAGACGGUGACAAAGGUGAUGCCUGGGCCGACAAACUAG